GGAGUAUGUAGUGUUGUUGACGUGGAUGACUGCGGAUGGCUAGCUGUCCAACCACCAAGUCUACUGCAUCAGAUGUGUAACACCCCCAAAUUUCCCUCCCAAAAUACCUUUAAAUAAUGAUAUAUUCAAAGGAAUUUAAACUUUAUUUGAAACAUCAGAAUUGUGCAGCGGAAAUUUAAAUGGGAAACAAGGAGCGUUACCGCCACACUCGGUUCUCACAUAACCGAGUGCACAGGCUAACCACCACCAAAAAUUGAAAUUCUAAUUAAUUAAUUGUUCAACUACAAUUCUUUAAAAUUAAGACUAAAAUAAAUUACUCAAAUCACUUUAGUCUAUGUUUUCUAGCGGCAGCUCUCGAAAUCAACUUCAAUAUGAUCCUUAAUUCCUGCACAAAUAAAGUACAGAAAGAAAACACAAAGAAACAAAAAUUAGCUUGAAAUGCUAAGUAAGGGCCUACUCAACCCUGUAAAAUAAUCAGGUUUGAUACAUAUAUAGUUUUGUCAAAAUACAUGUCAAAACCCUUUUUAAGGGAUGUUGAAACCUUCUCAAAAUGCUUUACAAUUCCUCAAAUGCAAGCAAAAUAUUUGAUCUCAUAAGUAUACAAAUAAAUGCACACACUAAAAUGGGGUUCGUAAAAAUUAUUCCAUCUCAUGGCAUAUCACACAUAUGCAAGUAAAAUAAUGUCUUGAUAUAUAUCUCAUAAUCUUCCAAAAUACUUUGUCAAAUCUGUAUACUUUCCAACAUACUAAAUACAGAGUAAUAAUUUUCGAAUACCGUUCAUAGCUUAAAAUAAUGUUUAUAAACAUUGAAUAGUUGGUAUAGUAGGAUUAAGAUAUUACUUCCUAAAACAAUUAAUCUCCAAAAUGGCUUUUGAAAUCCAAACGUACACACAUUUCAUAUUCGUAAGUAAAUUCAAUCCAAAUGGAUUGCUAGCUUUACCAAAAUCUUUCAAAAAUCCAUAUCCAAAAGUGUUUGUAAUAUUUGGUGGUAAGUAUCAUUCUCCAAAUAGUAUGAUAAGGAAUACUGUAAUAAUUCUCCACAAUAGUCUCAAUGGUAAUAAAAGAUUUAAUGCCCCAAAAAAAUAUUUAAUCCUCCCAUAUAUCCCAAAUGAUUCAAGGUCUCAAAAUAAUUUCUCCAAUAGAUAUUUCCAUUCUCAAUUCCACCAGAAGUAUAUAUAUAAUACUUUAUGUUUCUUUUAAGAGUGGGCGAAACUCAAGAUUCCUCGAGUCCAAUGAGUCGUUGUUGUCUACGACUCAUCCCGGAAUUCCGGCUCCCACCGACCACCAAAUGGAAACUGAAUUUCUACCUUAAGUGUGCACACCC